AAAUCAUUUUCGAUUUUUUCGAUUAUUCUUUUCUUGCGCUUGUGUCGAGUGGACGUGUGUGAAUUUAAUGUGGUGCGCAGUAAAAUUAUAUUAAGCAAAAUUAAUAAAAUUUUCUAUAGCUAUUUACAAAAAAAUAUACAAGUUAGAUAAAAGAUAAUCAUACAAAAUGCCGCGUUAUCGUGAAUGGGACUUGGCGUGCAAAGUAUAUGUUGGAAAUUUGGGAUCAUCUGCCUCAAAAUAUGAAAUUGAAAAUGCUUUCAGCAAAUAUGGUCCACUGAAAAAUGUGUGGGUUGCAAGAAAUCCACCAGGAUUUGCAUUUGUAGAAUUUGAAGACCGUCGCGACGCUGAGGAUGCAACACGAGGAUUGGAUGGAACACGCUGCUGUGGUACUCGGAUACGUGUUGAAAUGUCGUCGGGUCGUUCACGAAGAGAUGAUAGACGACGUGGAGGCGGUAGUGGUGGCGGCGGUGGCAGCAGCAGCGGCGGCAGAGGUGGAGGACGCUAUAGGAUAAAGUCUACUGCUACUACUACUUCUAGAACUUCUACCUCCUCUUCCUUCAACAAAAACUACAAAAACAACAUCUUCACGUAUCACAACUACUGCUCCUUCUCCACAAACUUCACCACGACAAGCAACAAGCUCAACUUAAUAUCGUUCAACGACAACAUUCUUGAUAAUAGUGAAAAAAAUGUCAACCAACAAUUUUCUAACAAUGAAUAUCAACUAAAUUUCGACAACAACAAUUUUAGCUAUAGCAACCAUCAUUUUCAACAUCACCAAAAACAACUACAAGAAAUGCCACAACACAGUAUUUUCAUCAAUAAAUUUAUGAUCAUAAUUUUUGUUAUCAACACGAACACCUUGAACACCACCAACACCAACGUCACAACAGUCUUGCACAUAAAAAUUGAACUCGUUUUCGCUGUAGUCAUUGUCAUCAAUACUUAUCUAACAAUUGUUGUUGUCGUAAUAGAAAACUGUAACAGUUGUCCUGAUGUUAAGUGCAGUAAAAGAUCAACAAUCAUUAGUACAGCAACUACUAGUAAAAUAACUACUACCGCUACUACUACUACUACUACUACCACCUCAGCUGCAACUGCUUCUACAGUCACUACAACUAUUGCUACUAGACGAAUUAGUGCAACUAGUAAAAGUGUGCUUGGGCAGCAGGCGCAGGAUCAGCAUCAACGGCAAAAUCCUAAGCAUUUACUACAGCCAUCAUCAUUAAUACCACUACUACUACUACCACCACAACCACCUUAACAACUUGAUAUACUACCACUUCCUACUCCUUUGUAUAUGCAACUGACUGUGAAAAAAGUGUCCACAACACUACUACCUUCAGCACAACAAAUACCAUCACCAACAACAACAACAAUCACAACGACUUUGACAAGCAAUGUACACUCAUGUGAUAUAUAACAGAUCAGUGUGCAUGAAGGUCGGGUAAUGUAUGCAUGUACACGCCAACGGUCUGUAUGUGGGGAAGGCCACACAAAGUAGGUGACUCCAUCGUAACUUUGAUAUUUCUUCUGAUAUUAACUGCAUAAUUUGUUUUUUUUCUGACGAAAACUUAUUUCCGAUUUUCGCAACGUCAUUUCUCUUCACUAAUAUUAAUGACUACAUCUAGCUAAUGUUGAUAUACAACUUUCGACAAAAUAAUAUACAUUAAUGAGCAGUGGUGUUUAUCAGUUGUUGUACACGCUACACAGACCGACUGUUGCAAUGAAUUUUUUAGUGGUACUGCCGAAAUAAUAUAUAUUUUUGUUUUAUAAAAAUUAAUCGGAUAUUGAAAUUUAGCGGCAAAUGAAUAACUCGCGUACGUGUUGAGAAUUAUUGAACGCCAACUUCACGAAUUUUGAAUGAAAAAUAUGACCGGCAUUCGGAUUUCUUUUUGAAUUUUUGUUGUAAAAGAUAAAAGUGCUAUUUGUGGCGUUGUGAUCUUCAAAGCAUCUACAUUGAAAUGGCGCAUUCAUAUAAUUCACCUAAUACUCCAACACAGUUCUGCAACUUCACUCUUGCCACUGCAGUCGUUUGCAACUGCAACAAGUGUUCGUGCAAUUUUUCAACAAUGUACAUUAAAUUUAAUCCACUCCAAUCGACUAAGUGCUAAUAAACGUUCAAUUCUCAAACGGGGAAGGGAAGUUUUCACCCUAAGCAACGUUUUUGACAUGCAAAUGUGCGAAAAACAACGUAUAAUGCAUCAAGAACGAAACAAAAACACGUUUGCCGUCAACUUCAAGUAAGAAUAAGUUCUUUCUAAUUUAGAUACUACCUAGUUCAUUUUGUUACUAAUAUGCUAAUAUUGCGGAUAUUUCAAGUUGUGUUUUAAAAUAAUUUUUUCAAGGUUAAAAAAAAAUUACACUUUGACAAAAAUGUGAUGCACUAAUUGUAAAAAUUCAAUUACAUCCGAGCAGGUGAACACAUAUCAAUGAUCGGCUCAAUGAACACCAUUCACAACUGCAACAACUUUUUCUUCUACUAAAUGGGUGAAAAUAUAUGUGUGCUCUGCUCAGCUACAACUCCAUGACAUCCGUUUGAUAGAAAUCUAUUUCGAAUUCCUUACAUACAUUUUGGCUGGUCCGUCGAGCGUAUGAGUGCUUGAUUGGCAAGUAAAAACCGGGUCGUCACCACCGCUAUGUACAUCAAGCUAUUCAACGUUCCGGCUUUGCAAUCGAUCACUACAAGGCCUUCCAAUUAAAUAACCGAACUCCUCAUUUUGCAUCACGGUCAACAACAGCAAGCUAUAUCUAGUCAUCACUACUGCUCCGCCGAUGCGCAUGCAUAGUCAACUAGCAACCCAAAUUAAGGCUUUCUUGUCUACUUCACCACCACCACCACCAAACAAAAACAACCCUAUCAUGUCCGAUAUGCGCAACGCAAACGCUUCUAAGUAUCAUUGUCACAGAUGAAUGUGUGGGGCUUGUAUACUUUGUUAAUCGCUCAAAUAGUUUAUUUUGCAAUUUUUAUUAUAUCUUUUAUUCAUUUAAAGUAGUCAUCACAAGUCAGUUGAUUAUCGACAAAUGAAACUCUCUUCCAUUAUCACCAAAAACCACCAUCACCAGUA